AUGGCGUUUCCACUCUCUCAAACCCUCAGGCAAGUCCUCAUCUCCGGGGACCACCUCUUCCCGGCCACCCUUUCCCGAUCAAUCUCCACCACCGCCUCUGCCGCCAUGAGGUACCACAUCUUCAUGGCCGAUCGGAACGAUCCCAACGACAAAGGCCCCCUCCCCGCCGUCCAGAUCAAAGACUCCGACGACAGCUUCACCGUCACGAGAGCCUUUCCGGGAUUCGGGAAGGAAAUCGUCAAGGUCGCCGUGGACGUCGAGAAGAACACCGUCAGCAUCAAGCUCCGGGACUGCGACGGCUGCGAAACCCUGGUUCCCCUGCCGGAGGGUUGCAAGAGCGGCGAGGCUAGAUCGGAGGUUAAGCAUGGUAUGGUGACGGUGGUUGUGCCGAAGCGGAAGAAAGGAGAGGAGUAG